AUGAUUGAUACAGUUAAUAGUGAAGAAUUUCUAUCUUUUCCAGUACAAUCUUAUACAAUUGAAGUUCAUAAAAUGAGAAAAUUAGAUGCUUUAUCAUUUUUGAAUUAUAAACAAUUACCUGAAAAUUUAUCUAAUUUACGAUCAAUUUCUUUCGAUGCUGAACGUAUUGCAGAUGUUGCAUUAAAAUAUGUCAAACAUAUUCAAACAUUAAUUCUUGGUUCAUAUUUAAAAAUGUUAGAUAGUGAAAGUAUAAAUUCUCUUACAUCUUUACAACAAUUAGAUAUACGUUAUGUACAAUUUUCAACAUUACAAGCUGGGAAAGGGAGCUUUCGUCUCAAUUUUUUAUUACGAACUCCAGCUGAUUAUAUUAAUCGAAGACGAAUAUUAGGUUUAACUGUUUAUUUACCACAAGAAAAUAUUGAUUGUGAUUGUAUAUUAGUUUUUCUUAAUAAUAUGAUUGAUGAUGGUGUACAAUCAAUAAAAUGUCAAUCAAUAAAUAAUGAUCGUUGUUUAUUUUCAUCAUGUUCAAUUGUAUCAGAAUAUUUUACACGUAAACAAAAAGAAAAUGAAAUAAUUCAAGUUAAUACACCAUCUAUAAUAACACCAUCAAUUGUAUCACCAUUAAUUGAUUUUAAUGAACAAGAUUCACAAUUUUAUUCGAAUUCAAAAGAUCAACGAACAACUAUUAAAAUUUACAUGGAACCAAAUAUUUAUGAUGAUGAUGAUAAUGAUGAAGAAAUUUUUACAAGUACUACAAGCACAACAAUAACAACACCAUAUUUAAUUAAUCCUGAAGAAUCUAUUAAUCAAUUUUCAACACCAUUAAUGAAACGUCUUAUUCCUGAAGCAAAAACAUAUGGAUCUACAAAUUAUUUAAUUGCAUCAUGGAUUCCAUUUGCUAUAAUAGCAUCAUAUCUUUUUCUUUCAUUAGUUAUUGCUAUGAUUAGUUAUAUUAUUUAUCAUAAACGACAUACUGUUUCAUUCAAACUUAUUCCACAAACAUUACCUAUUAUUUGA